AUGUCCUACCCGCAGGGCUACCUGUACCAGGCGCCCGGCUCGCUGGCGCUCUACUCGUGCCCGGCGUACGGCGCGUCGGCACUGGCGGCGCCGCGCAGCGAGGAGUUGGCGCGCUCGGCGUCGGGCUCGGCGUUCAGCCCUUACCCGGGCUCCGCGGCCUUCACCGCGCAGGCGGCCACCGGCUUCGGCAGCCCGCUGCAGUACUCGGCCGACGCCGCCGCCGCCGCCGCCGGUUUCCCGUCCUACAUGGGCGCGCCCUACGACGCACACACGACCGGGAUGACGGGUGCCAUCAGCUACCACCCUUACGGCAGCGCGGCCUACCCGUACCAACUCAACGACCCAGCCUACCGCAAGAACGCCACGCGGGACGCCACGGCCACGCUCAAGGCCUGGCUCAACGAGCACCGCAAGAACCCCUACCCCACCAAGGGCGAGAAGAUCAUGCUGGCCAUCAUCACCAAGAUGACCCUCACGCAGGUCUCCACCUGGUUCGCCAACGCGCGCAGACGCCUCAAGAAGGAGAAUAAGAUGACGUGGGCCCCGAGGAACAAAAGCGAGGACGAGGAUGAGGACGAGGGUGACGCGGCCAGAAGCAAGGAGGAGAGUCCGGACAAGGCGCAGGAGGGCACUGAGACGUCGGCGGAGGACGAAGGGAUCAGCCUGCACGUCGACUCGCUCACGGAUCACUCGUGCUCCGCCGAGUCAGACGGGGAGAAGCUGCCGUGCCGAGCCGGGGACCCUCUGUGCGAGUCGGGCUCGGAGUGCAAGGAUAAGUACGACGACCUGGAGGACGACGAGGACGACGAGGAGGAGGGAGAGCGGGACCUGGUGCCGCCCAAGCCCGUGACCUCGUCGCCGCUGACCGGCGUGGAGGCGCCGCUGCUGAGUCCCCCGCCCGAGGCCGCGCCCCGCGGGGGCGGCGGCGGCAAGACGCCCCUGGGCAGCCGGACGUCGCCGGGCGCGCCGCCGCCCGCCAGCAAGCCCAAGCUGUGGUCUCUGGCCGAGAUCGCCACGUCGGACCUCAAGCAGCCGAGCCUGGGCCCGGGCUGCGCGCCGCCCGGGCUGCCCGCGGCCGCCGCGCCCAACUCGUCCGGGGCGCCGCCCGGAGGCUCGCCCUACCCCGCGUCACCGCUCCUCGGCCGCCACCUCUACUACACGUCGCCCUUCUACAGCAACUACACCAAUUACGGGAACUUGAACGCGGCGCUGCAGGGCCAGGGGCUCCUGCGGUACAACUCGGCGGCCGUGGCACCCGGAGAGGCGCUGCACGCGGCGCCCAAGGCGGCCAGCGACGCGGGCAAGGCGGGCGCGCACCCGCUGGAGCCCCAGUACCGGCCCCCGGGCGGCGGCUACGAGCCCAAGAAAGAUGCCAGUGAGGGCUGCACCAUGGUUGGUGGGGGCGUCCAGCCCUACCUAUAGAAGGGCCGCACACAGCAAUGCAAGUAAGUGAGCUCCCUGGGGUCCCCCGCCUCAGGGAGCCUCCCUGCACCGAUAGCUCUGUAAACUCGCUUAAUGUGUAUUUCUUGCUUCUUGUCACGAGGUCUGAGGACAGAGCAUUGCAAUCUUCUCCUGGUUUUUAUUUUUUUCUUUAAGUAGGCGAAGACCCCUGCUCGUUUACAGAGCCCCUCUUUCUUGCUCCAGUUCUGCUUUGCAGAAUCACUCUAACUGGAAUAUAUUUAUUGCACCACUGCGGUUGUUUUCUCUUUGGAAAAAUAUUUGGUGAUUAAAGUCUGAAUAUUUGUUUGCAAUUUUGAACCAUUUAUUUUUUACCGCGCUAGACACUUAAUAGACACUUGCUGUGAUGAGCUAGCGCUCCUGAAACUUGGGGCAUCAAAUCCCUUUAGAGAUGAUGCUUGCAGAGUCAGACUAGGGAGACACAGAAGGUCUUUUAUCAGGCCCGUCCCCAUGUCCAGAUGGAUUAGAUAGGACCGUGCAGUUGGCCUGGCUGACAGCAGUAUCUCAAAAAAAAAAAAAACCCACUUUACAAGUAGACAGCAUUACUAAUCGCAGAUCUUGAAGAUGGGAAAAGAGGCAAAACCAUGUGAGAGGGAUUUCUUUUUAAAAUGUGAUGGUGCUGGUUUGGGACUGAAGGAUUUGGGGUGAUUGGGUUUUUUCCUUGGUCCACAGGUAGGUGUCACAAUUGCUUUGGAAAAAAAAAAAAGUCAGCAGGCCAUUCUCUCUUUCCAUGUUCAUAAAUAUAGAGACAUAAAAAACCUGAUCUCUAAAUCAGGACCCGUCUCGUGCCACUGUGAAGGAGAAGGAGCCACAGGGCACUGCCAACCCACAGACCGUCGGAACAGACUUUUGUUGGACAUAUGUGAAUUUGCUGGCAUAGUAUAGUUUCCCCAAUGUAUGUGUGACUUUUGAAAACAAUCUUUUUUCUCAGGAUAUCUUGAAUUGAUCACUUCAUUGCCACGGUAUAUAUUCUAUAGGUGUGAUAGGAUUUACUGUAAAAUUGAUUUGUAAAAGAUGUACACAGUAGAAAUAAAACGUGAUUAUAGAACUUGAGUACUUAAGAAGUGGAAACAAAUUUGAUAUUUAUUUUUAUAAUGAUAUAAAGCUUCUAGUAAUUUAUGCAAGUUGUAUUGCAACGGAAUCUAAACUUUUUGUAAAUAAACCCUGCCUGGUUUUUAUUUGAACAUUGCCAGUUAUACAAUCUUUGUUGGUUGUUUAACAAGAAUUCUUUACUAAUUUAUAUCUUAAAUUGUAAAUAAAAACAAACUAGUCUACAACA